AUGACAUUGGCCGUGUCAUUUGGAAACCAAAAUACUGGAGUCCAAUUAGGUGGAAACUCAGGCAAUCUCACUAUACAGCUCCAGCAACCAGCAGAUGAAGCAUGUCUAAGAGACCUGCGGACGACGGAUCCGCGAGAUGACAGAAAUCGCAUCGAGCGAGCCAAGGGCGGGCUUUUGAAAGACUCGUUCCGCUGGAUUCUCAGCGAUGAAGGUUUUAAGCAAUGGCAAAACAGCCAAGACAACCGGCUCCUAUGGAUCAGGGGUGAUCCAGGGAAAGGGAAAACAAUGCUUCUAUGCGGGAUCAUUGAAGAACUGACAUCUUCAGUUGGCGAUGUUUCAAAUAUCUCUUUCUUCUUCUGUCAGGCCUCCGAUGUGCGAAUCAACAGUGCCACGGCUGUUCUUCGAGGCUUGAUCUAUCUACUUGUUGAGAAGCAGCCCUCUCUUAUUUCACAUGUGCGGAGUCGAUACGAUAAGACCGGAAAGGCGCUAUUCGAAGAUAAAAAUGCUUUCUAUGCUGUCUCGGACAUUUUUACUCAAAUUCUCAAGGACCCGACUUUGCAAACUACUUACUUCAUAGUCGAUGCGCUUGACGAAUGCACGACGGAUCUCAAUCUACUUCUUGGCUUAAUCACCCGAGAGUCCUCUUCACCGAAACAAGUAAAAUGGAUCAUUUCUAGUCGAAACUGGCUUGAAAUUGAAGAGCAGUUGGAGACGACGACUCAAACAUCGCCCAUAUCGUUGGAGUUAAAUGAGGCAUCCGUCUCUGAAGCUGUGGAAGUUUUCAUUCGGCACAAAGUUGAGAAACUGGCAAAAAUGAAGAGGUACAAUCAAAAUAUCCACGAGACUGUCAAUGACUAUCUAUCGCAAAACUCGCAAGGAACCUUUCUUUGGGUGGCUUUGGUUUGCGAAGAACUCUCCAAGAUAUCUCGACUGAAUACACUCGAGAGACUCGAAGCAUUCCCUCCUGGGCUGAACGAUUUGUAUGAUCGGAUGAUUGACUAUAUUCGAGAUUCAAAUGAGGUGGAUGCAGAGAUUUGUUUGCGAGUUUUGGCUAUCAUCUCGACGAUGUACAGACCACCCACGCUGCAUGAGCUCAAAGGAUUCCUAGGACUUGAAGAGGAAGACAAUGGGUAUGAUCCUGAAGAUGUAUCAGAGAUCAUUGCACGCUGUGGAUCAUUCCUGACGAUUCGCGAUGAUGUUGUUCGCUUCGUUCACCAGUCUGCACAGGAUUUCUUGAGAUUAUCCAAGGAUGUGUCCCCCCAAGGAUUAGAAGUUGAGCAUCACGCCACAUUCACUCGCUCUCUAAAUCUUAUAUUUCACAAUCUCAAGCGCAAUAUCUACAGUGUCGGCUCUCCUGGAUUGUCAGUCGAGGAACUGAGAGACCUUGAGCCUGAUCCGAGUCCACUGGUGGCUGUGCGGUAUGCAUGCAUUUAUUGGGUUGACCACUUUCAGGAUGGCGUACCCGGAAAUUCCGAUGAUACAAGCCUCGAUGAAGGAGGCAUCCUGGACCGUUUUCUACAAGAGAGUUUGCUCAACUGGCUGGAAGCUCUUGGAAUUAUGGGGACCAUAUCUUCUGGUAUAGCGGGUAUGUUAAAGCUUGAGAGGUUGCUACAGGUAAUAGAUACCCCCGGUAAACCGUCUCCACACAUGUACAUUCUAAUGCCCAAGUCGAUUUACAGAGCAGAGGAGCAUCACCAGCCAUAUUGA